GCGCUCUUCCGGGUGCAUUAACAAAACAUCGAGGAGCGAUGGCGUCUGUUGAGAUGGACGGGACGUAAAUAAAGAUCAGAUUUAACGACACUACUCGGCUCGUGUCGCCGCCACUUUCUGGAUAAAGAAAGUCUAUGAUAAUGGCGUCUGCCGGGGGCGGCGGCAGUGGAGCUGGCGGCUUGGCUUCCAACCACAGUGACUCUGCCUCCUGCGGCUCCAGCGCGGCUCAGGCCACAGCUGCUCCCGGGCCGCCCGCCUCUCCCCCGGCUCACGGCCUUCACCGGGAGCCCAUGUACAACUGGCAGGCCACGAAGAGCUCUCUGAAGGAGCGCUUCGCUUUCCUCUUCAACAACGAGCUGCUCAGUGACGUGCGCUUCAUAGUGGGCAAAGGCAGACAGGCUCAGAGGAUACCCGCUCAUAAGUUCGUCCUGGCAGCGGGCAGUGCCGUGUUUGAUGCCAUGUUCAACGGAGGGAUGGCCACCACUUCAGCCGAGAUAGAGCUGCCCGACGUGGAGCCCGCCGCCUUCUUAGCCCUGCUCAGGUUUCUGUAUUCUGACGAGGUCCAUAUUGGUCCAGAGACUGUUAUGACGACACUGUACACGGCAAAGAAGUACGCCGUCCCUGCACUGGAAAGUCACUGUGUGGAGUUUCUCACCAAACAUCUCAGAGCCGACAACGCUUUCAUGCUUCUCACUCAGGCCAGAUUAUUUGACGAGCCUCAACUUGCAAGCCUCUGUUUGGACACUAUAGACAAAAGCACUGGAGAUGCAAUAAAUGCAGAAGGUUUCACAGAUAUCGACCUUGACACUUUAUGUGCAGUGUUGGAGCGGGACACUCUGAGCAUCAGGGAGAACCGUCUGUUUGGAGCAGUGGUUCGCUGGGCUGAGGCCGAGUGCUACAGACAACAGCUUCCUCUCACUUCCGAAAACAAGCAGAAAGUUUUGGGAAAAGCUCUGCCGCUCAUACGCUUCCCGCUCAUGACUGUGGAGGAGUUCGCUGCAGGGCCUGCCCAGUCUGGGAUAUUGUUCGAUCGGGAGGUGGUAAAUCUGUUUUUACACUUUACAGUAAACCCCAAACCGAGAGUCGAGUACAUAGACCGGCCACGCUGCUGCCUCCGCGGAGAGGAGAGCAGCAUUAACAGGUUCCAGCAGGUGGAGAGCCGAUGGGGGUACAGCGGCACCAGCGACCGGAUAAGGUUUAAUGUGAAUAGAAGAAUAUCCAUAGUUGGUUUUGGCUUAUAUGGUUCGAUACAUGGACCAACGGACUAUCAGGUCAAUAUACAGAUCAUGGAGAGCGACAAACGUGUGACUUUGGGUCAGAACGACACAGGGUUCAGCUGUGACGGGACAGCCACUACCUUCAGGGUCAUGUUUAAGGAGCCCGUGGAAAUCCUCCCCAACGUCAGCUACACAGCAUGCGCCACACUCAAGGGUCCAGACUCUCAUUACGGCACCAAAGGUUUGAAAAAAGUGACUCAGGAGUCAGUGACCGGGACCAAGACGACGUUCCUCUUCUUCAGUUCUCCUGGAAACAACAACGGCACAUCAGUGGAGGACGGGCAGAUCCCAGAAAUCAUUUACUACUCGUAAAAACCCGAUGCAAACGUGACACUGACUGAACCAGGAAGACCUCAGACAGAGAGAAUGGAGAAACCGGACUGCUGGAAUUUUAGUGCCUCGCUAUUGAAAAUGAUAAUAGUCCCAUGAACUUUAGAUCGUAUGUGCUGUGUCCUUGUACAGAUAAAUAUAGAUACAUUAAGGCUUGCAGAUCUGAUCACACAGGAUCCUCACCUCAUUCGAUUUUUACAGUUAAGCCCAAAAUUAUUCAGACUUUUCCAUUUUAUUUUCAGGUGACUUAUCUACAAGUUGUACAAAAAUGUGUUCUCUUUGCCACGGGAGUCGACAAAGGCGUCUACCGUCCCGCGCUCCAGGGUCUUAGGGGCUCAGAAUUGCAACCACAAUCUAUUAAUUUAUAUUAGGCAUUUAUCUUGCCCCGGGCCCCCAAAUUUUCUGUGACAGGCCUGCUUUUUUCUUCUAAACUAUUGCAGGCAUGUGUUAAUGACUCUGGUGACUCUGUAUUGCUCCCUAGUGGACAAAUAUGAGAAUGAACGAUUUAUUACAGCUACGUCUACCUUGCAGUGUUUACGUUGACCCUUAAUGGAAUUGGUGGAAGUAAAAGAACAAAUGAACCUUUAUGUUUACAAAAACUACAAAAAAAAAUAUUCAAAUGUUUUUCAAUGAGUACUUGUGAAUUCUGGAUUGUAAAACAUGACAUGACACAUUUUUUUUACUAUUACUGAUUACAUUUUUUGCACACAUUUUCUGCAGAGUUGACGCUUCCUUGGAGUUACUUUGAUGUUUUCAUAUUUUUCCAUCUUUCACUUUUCACUUUUUGUGCUGAUCAAACAUGAAUACAUUUGGGCUUAACUGUAUACUCACUGUAUGUCAGCCAAUGCCAUUUUGUGUUGUUUUGUUGAUAUAUUUCACUGUGCACUGAUGUCCUUUGUUUCUGGCAUUGUUACUCUACAUAUCUGUGUAUUUGAACAUUAUGGUACAUGCUGUAAUUUAUAAACGCAUAUGACAUUAUUGAAAAUAAAUUAAUAAUCUCAGAUC